AAACAGCUGUCUUCACUACGUCCUACAUUCAUCGUCCAUUAGGUACAUAGUGACUUUGUACUUGCACGGGCAUUCUCACUGUUCGACAUAAUAUUUCGUUGAGACUCCGCUGUCGCUGUGGUUGUUGCACGCAGCCGACACCCUCUGCUGGUCUCACCAUUUGAGAUCGUAGUCGACACGCAGCGCAGCUGAGGACCCUGCAUUCUCCGUGAACAGAAGCGACCCAUUGCCAUAAUGGCUCAGACGGCACCGCUAGCAGGUAUGUUCGAGCCAGCUACAUCUCUUUACCGAGGCCCGUCCCUCGCUUCAAACAAUCCUUUUCGCAAUCGCACCACGAGCCCUGGGCUGGCUCCCUUCAACGCUGCAGCAACAAACCCAUUUUUGGAUACCAGCGAAACCAUGUCGGAUGGCAGACUGCCACACGCAGGGAACAAUGGCAUGAAGAAGACUCGCGAAACGGAUCAGACUGCCGACGCAUUUGCAUCGCUUGAUCUCAAUGAUCCUUCGAGAGGGGCGCAAAAACUCCCGGUCAACGGUCCUCCAAGACGAGAGAACAUCGCUCCUCGACCAUACCAACGAGGACCACCAGGUCGACACAGACCCACCAAUUCUGACGAAGAACGCCGACGGCAACAAGCCAAGCCUCGCGACCUGCUUGGAGACCUGAACAUCUUUGCCGACCCACCAGAGAGUCGUUCUCGUGAUAAACGUACACAGCGGCGCAACUCUGAGUCGUCUGUUCGCGAUAAACCCAAAGAUCUAGAUCCUGAGGCUGAAAAAAGACGAAAAGAACGAAGGCUCCGAGAAGGAAAGACUUCACAGAAGUCAAAGAAGCCUGACAGAAAACUGGACGUCAUUGACAAAUUGGACGUAACAAGCAUCUACGGGACUGGAUUAUUCCAUCAUGACGGGCCAUUCGAUGCUUGCAAUCCUCAUCGCAACCGAAAGGGUACCAGGCAGGCGCCGAUGCAAGCCUUCCCAAAAGACUCCGUCAACAUGCAGCUUGGUGGUGCUGGACCGCUCAACUCGAAGCUCAAUCUUGACCAAUACCAUGGAAGAGGACAAGAGGCUCACGUCGAUUAUAAUGAAGCCGCAGUCGUGGAUGACGACGCCGACUAUCUACGCAGACCACAACCGGACCGAGCUGCAAGUUUCAAUCCGCUUGCACGAACUGAACCUGUCCAUGGAUAUGAGACAGCCGGUCUUGGUACGAGCACAUUUCUGGAGGGAGCGCCAGCGAGCCGAGCCGCAAUGCAACGUCGCGAGAGCGAGAACGAAGCUGCGCAGCAAGUCAAUGCGAAUGGUGGGCUUUCUCGGAAGAAGAGUUUGGCCCAGAGAAUCAAAGGUGUUCGCCCAAGAAUGGGCGACAAUGGGCGGAUGACUUCACCUGAGCCGUUGGGAACUCCCACAAGUCCACUCGGCACUGGCAGAUCUGAACAGAACGGUGUCAACCCUUUCUUCAAGGAGUACGACAGAGAAUACGAGAAGAAAGGCGCACAGAUUGCCUUUGCUGAAGAACAGAAGCCAAACAGAGCGCGUGCACCCAGCAGCCCCAAACGUUCGUUUGGACUGGAGAGGAAAGUCACCAGCGAGAGCAUUGGCGCUGAAGAGGGCAAGACUGGAGGGGGUUUCCUCAGUCGCGUCAAAAGUUUGAAGGGCGGCCGAAGCCGACCGCUUGCCCGCGAGAGAAGGAAUACUGAGACUGCCGCUUAGAAAGCCUCCUCUCCUUCAAUAAGGUACAUGGCGUCUGGGAAGUUUGUAUGAUAUGGUGGGACGGGCUGCAUCAGGAAGGGUAGAAGGGCGCUUGGGCGUGCAUGGGGACGACCUUGAUGACGACGACAACAACCACGACGGGUCUAACACGC